AUGCCUUCAUCCUUCCAGCAGACUGGAGGAUCUGGUUUUUCAUAUCCCAUCCUGAUGACUUCAUCCUUCCAGCAGACGGGAGGGUCCAGCAGUACAUGUCCGACACAGGCUGGACGAUCUCCUAGUCCACGCCCCACACAGGCUGGACAAUCUCCCCGUCCACGUCCCACACAGGCUGGACGAUCUCCUAGUCCACGCCCCACACAGGUUGGAGGCUCACGCACCCCACAUCCCACACAUGUACCAGCACGUGAGGUUGAUGAGGCAGUUGAUGAGAUAGAUGGAGCUGAUCUUCGUGGGAGGGAUGAUCCUGAUGAGAUUCAUGUGAUUGACGGCAGAUUUUGGAUUCAGCCCGAAGGAAGCAAUUUUACGCCGAGUCGGACAGCUGCUAGGGUUGUUAGCUAUAUAAUUCAGCAGAUGUAUAAAUCAGCUUUUAAGAGCUAUGGGGACGUCAAAAAUAAAGAUGAAUGGUUUAGAAUGUUUAAGGAGAAAUGUGUGUGGGAUCCUUUGAGUGAAAAAAGUGUUCAGAAAGUUUUCAACACCAGAUGCUCUAAAAGAAUGUCUGAUAUGCUGCGGCGAGUAAGGGAGAAUCAUGAGCUUCAUGGCAUCCGUCCUAACUGGAUAGGCGAGGAGGUUUUUCAUGAUCUUGUUACAUAUUGGAGGAGUCCAGAAUUCCGGGCUAAAUCAGAAACUUUUAAGAAGAUGAGGGCAUCUGAAAAGGGCGGUUGUGUCAACACAGUUGGAAGUAUUAGCACCGCCGAGCUAAGGAGUUGGGGAGAAAACCAUUAA